UCUCUCUCUCUCUGUCGCCAUUACAAAUCUGGAGAGAUUAUCAUUCAUCCUCUUGAGCAUUCAUGGAGUUGUUGCCUCCAAAUUUGGAGAAUCACAACGCCGUAGAAACUCGGACCGACUCACUCAUCUCUGAAUUGGCCAAGGACGAGUCGACCGAGUUUGCCCUCCCGGUGGAAUCUUCUAGCCUGGGCACUCAUAUGACGGAUUCUGUACCUUCUGAUUGGACCGAUGAGAAGCACCAUUUAUUCCUUGAAUCCAUGGAGACAUCUUUUGUCAGCCAAAUGUUUGAUUCUGUGCAUUCAGUUGGUUCCUGCCCCCGCAAGGAAAAUUCUUCACACACAAAAUUGCACGGCCAAAGCCAAUCCGCCUCUCAUGUCCAUUCACAUUUUGGCCAGUUUAAAGUUCUUCGACGAGGCAGCUGGAAGAACAUUAAUUUUGAAACAACUGAAUCUCGGUCGAAUUUAUUGAAUGAUUUCCAAGCUCUCUCACGUAAUCCUUGGAUACAUCACUUUCGAGCUGAUCGUAAAAACAAAAAUGUUGCAUGCAAAAGUCAAGCUAUCGGUUCAGGAGGAAGGAAUUUGUUUCCUUUGGGGGCAGCAAAUGAUUCAGAACCUUUGCGUGCUUGUGAUUCUGAUUUGUCCCUACAAUAUAUCAGCAGCAAUGAAGAAGUGUCAGAUCAGAAUUUUGUUGAUGAAGAUAGAGAAGUUGGAAACGGGAGCAGUGAUUGCAGCAAUGCCAAAAGGGUCAACACUCCAGAGACCAAUGCCUUGAUCAAUGAACAGCCAGAAGAUAGCUAGAUCCCAGAUUGUCGCCAAUACGAGGCAGACGACUUAUCGACUACUCUUCUAACUCCGGGAAAGGCUAUAGAUGAUCUGAGAUUGUUGGUGAAGUCUAUAAUGCUCAUUUUGAGGUUAUUGGUUUCUGUUGAUUAACGUAAGUUCUAAUACCUCUGGAUGUCUGCAGUUAGUAGUGAUUAGUAAAUCAGCAAUUAUGGUUUUGCCUGGGUAGAUGUGUUUGGCAUUAUCAUUCAGUAUAUGUAAAUAUAUAUUCGUUUUGGUACAACAAGAUUCUGCAACAUUUGUUCCAAGUCUUGCUCUCCAAUCGUUCAUAAGUUGUUUUUAUGAACAAUAUUUCUAUACCAUUGAUUCUUUGUCGA